AUGGUAACACGAAGACAUUCAAAUAUUAAUCUUUGGGUUAAUACUGAUAUGUCUCGACUUGAUCAAGAUGUUCAUGUUAUUCCAAUGGAAAGUAUUUUUCAACGUUUUCAUUCAAAUCAACGAUUUGGUUUAUCAACUUCUUUUGUACAUGAUGCUCAACUACAUUAUGGUACCAAUCAGAUUACACCGCCUCGAUCACAGAAUUAUUUUUGGUUGUUAUCUCAACAAUUAUUCAUGGGUUUUAAUUUAAUUCUUUGGCUUGGUGGUAUUCUCGCUUUUAUUGCCUACCAACCACUUGGUGGAUCGAAUCCAUCAAUUACAAAUUUAGCUCUUGGCAUUGUACUUUUCCUAAUCAUUAUUUGUAAUGCAUGUCUCAAUAUAUAUCAAAAACUCAAAUCGAUUAAGAUAAUAGCAUCAUUUUCAAAAUUAUUACCAACAGUUGCUACUGUUCGACGUGAUGGUGUCGAACAACAGAUUCCUACGAAUGAACUCGUUCCGGGUGAUAUUAUUUUAAUACGAAUGGGUGAUAUAUUACCAGCUGAUUGUCGAUUUUUAACUUGCGAAGGACUCAAAAUUAAUUCAGCAGAAUUAACGGGCGAAACAAAACCUGUCAAGGUCAUUGUUCAUUGCACAAGUCAAAUUUUGAUGGAAUCAACUAAUAUUGGAUUUUAUUCUUCAUUUGUUGAACAAGGUAUGGGUGAAGCAAUAGUUAUUGCAACUGGUGACAAUACUAUUUUGGGUAAAAUGUCAGGAACAACAACAAAAGAUAAUUCUAGUGAUGAAAUUACUAAUCUACAUCGUGAAGUGAAUCGUUUUGUAUUGUUUGUUCUUGUGGCUGAUAUCAUCAGUAUUUUUAUUCUUUGGAUUACUUGGUUAGGAUGGCUUAACUACUCUCAUCCAACUUUCAUUACUUUGACUGAAAAUAUCCUGAAUUCAAUUGGAAUGAUCGUUAGUUUCUUACCUAUAGGUUUACCAUCGGCUAUCACUCUUGCAUUGGUAAUAGUGGCUAAACGAUUGAGUCAACAGCGAAUAUUAGGAAAAAGUUUACAAAUUGUUGAAAGUUUUAAUUCUGUUUCAGUGAUUACUACAGAUAAAACAGGCACAUUGACCAAGAACAAAUUAGUUGUAAACGAGAUAUUUUGGGACACGGACAGUGAAUACAAAAUAAUUGAAAAUGAAGAAGACAAAUCAUCCACAACUAUGACAAUACCACACACAAUUCGUCGACUAUCUGUCGGAUCUCUUCAUAUUUCUCAGCAUUCGACAGCAAAAGUAUAUCCAACUGUGGAAACACCAUCAUUUGCCUUGACUAACCAAGAUAAUAGAUCACGAGUGGAAGUAUUUGAUGAUUUAAUUUUUGGUGCUGCUUUAUGCAAUAAUGCAAAGACAAGUCUCGCCAAAGAUGUACAACACAAGCAUGGUAUAAGGAAAAGAAAUCUAGAAAUACAUGUUAUAGGUGAUCCUGUGGAUAUCGCUCUCUACAAUCUAUGUGUCUAUGAAUUUCGUAUGGAAAUCGAUGAAAUACGCUGUUUAAAUCCACGUCUAAGAAGUUUACCAUUUAAUUCAGAAAAUAAAUUUAUGAUUACAGCGAAUCGACUUGAAUGGAAGAAAAAUACAAUUUUGCUGACAAUGAAAGGUGCGCCAGAAGUUAUUAUUCAAUACUGUUCAUCGUAUAAGAGUAAUGAUGGUCAAAUUUUGCCAUUAACAACUGAAAUCAAACAGAAACUUCUUUAUCGACGAGAAAUGUUAAGUAAAAAUGGUUAUCGUGUCAUUGCCAUGAGUCAACAAAAGUUGACAAAGAUGCGAUAUGAUCAAUUAAUACAACGAUAUGAAGAAAGACAACGUUCUGGCAUUAUCUUUAACCAAGAUUUCAAUGGAUUUCCACCAGAAAACUAUUGUUUUCUUGGUUUUUUCUCCUUAUUUGAUUCGCCUCGAUCCGAUGUACCAGGUUCGGUACUCAAAAUACGUCAGGCACACAUUCGUAUAGCAAUGAUUACUGGUGAUCAUCCGACUACAGCAACAGCUGUUGCUCAACAAGUGAAUAUAUUCUCUGAAGAAAUUUCUAAAAGAAAUGGCAUUGAUACAUUUCAAAUUGAAGAAAAUGACAACAAUCAUUCAGUUUUUCGAUUAUAUCGUAAUGAAACCUUAUUGCAAGAACAUAUGCGUGGUAUAAUAACACCAUUUCGUGUUGGAUGUAGAGCAACGAGAACAAUAGAAAAACAAAAUAAGGAACAUGAUUUUGUAAACGAACCAUCAUGGUACAAACGAUGGUAUUCAUCAUGUACAGCUCAGUUUAGUGAAUCAAAACCAAUUUUCUAUAAAGAAAAAGAGAAAGAAAAGAUUCCUUAUGCACUCGUGAUGACUGGUUCUCAGAUUGGUUAUAUGGAUGAUUUCAUGUGGAAUUGGGUCUUAUCUCAUCAAGAGUUAGUCUUUGCUCGAACGUCGCCAGAACAGAAGUUGCAAAUCAUCAUGGAAUUUCAACGACGAGGAGAAACAGUUGCAGCUAUUGGUGAUGGAACAAACGAUGCACCAUCAUUGAAAUAUGCUGAUAUUGGUAUUGCCAUGCAAUCGGGUACAAAUGUAUCGAAAGAAGCGAGCGAUAUGAUUCUACUUGAUAAUAAUUUUUCAUCGAUUAUUUCAGCUAUUGAAACAGGUCGUCUUCUAGCUGAUAACUUGAAAAAAGUUGUCAUCUAUUUAUUACCCGCAGGUUCUUGGUCAGAAUUUUGGCCGAUUAUAUUUAACAUGUGGUUUGGUAUUCCUUUAUCACUUUCAGCAUUCUUAGCAACAAUUCUUUGUGUACUAAAUGAUUUAAUUAUUUCAUUGGCAUUGGCUUCAGAAAAGCCUGAAACUGAGAUUAUGUCUCGACCUCCAUCAAAUCGAAAGAACGACCAUCUACUCAAUAUGAAAUUACUUGUUCAUGCUUAUCUAUUUAUAGGUAAUCUAGAAUGUUUUACUGCAUUUUUCUGUUUUUGUUACUACUGGAUUGAUAAUGGAAUAUCAUUUUAUUCAUUUAUGUUUACUUACGAGUAUUUCGGUAACAAUCUACCUACAGCUUAUAAUCCAGAAGAAAUAAAUCAGAUGAUCAAUGUUUCACAAUCAGUUUACUAUUGUUCAUUAUGUAUAUUUCAAAUUUUCAAUUACUUUGCUACACGAACAAGAUAUGCAUCAAUUUUUCAACAUAAUCCAUUUUGGGGUCAAAAUCGAAAUUGGUUUGCAUUAGUAGCUAUAAUGGUUUCAAUCAGCGCUGUAUUAAUUUUUACACAAGUAACUUGGUUUAAUGGAAUAUUUGAUACAGCUCCUGUACCUGCAAAAUAUGUGAUGCCAACCAUUGGAUUUGGCAUAGGUUGGUUAGUCAUUGAUGAACUUCGAAAACUUUGUGUUCGUAAAUUUCCUCAUAGUAUUAUUGCUAAAAUUGCCUGGUAA